AUGCUCCGACCAUUCACAAAACACCCAUUUACAACUCUAGCACCAUCCAAACUCAUUUCCAAACGAACCUUCACCAUCAAAAGCCAACCAUAUUCUCACACACCCAUCAACACCGCGAUCCCCUCAUGCACCUUAGCUCUCAAAACACAUCAUCCGGCAAUCUUCUCCCCUGCUCACAUCUCUCAUCACGCAUUCACCAGAACCUUCAAAGUCUACUCCCUGUAUCCACAGCUUCCAAUCGCAACGCACACGGCCCUGGCUUAUUUUUCAUUUCCCAAAACAAACGGUCUCUCGAAUGCUACAUCUUACUACGCUGCUCUUCCUCUAUCUCCGAAUUUCUCAUAUCAGGAUUUGGAGUGUGAGGUUAGGGAUGUGUUGAGAGAAUCUUGUAGAUUUGCAUUGCAGAGACGGGGUAGUGCGGGGAAAGGUGGGAAUGAGGUUGGGGCUGGAGAUAUGAAAGAGAAGGAGGAGAUGGGAAAGUUGAAGCUUGAUAUCUUGGUUGUUUGGCAGGGGGUGAGGAUUGGGAAGAUGGGGAGGGUGGCUGAUGGAAAUGAAGGAAGGCGGAAAUGA